GAAAGAGAAAGAGAAGGCUGUGAAAAAGAAAUUCUAAGAAGGAAAAAAAGAUGUUAAAAAACGAGGUAGAGAGAUGUGGGUAUUAAAGAGAGCGCUGUCCAGAUUGUUGUGAGGAGUAAAAAUAUACUGAAAAAGGAAGACAAAGAAGAAAUAGAGAGAAGCAAAGACGAAGAAACAGAGCAUAACGAGAGGAAAGCAAAUUAGUGAGGUGGAAAAAGAAAGGAUAGGAUUGAGGAAUGAGAUGAAGUAUGAGGAGAGAAGAGAAAGACGAAGAAAUUCAAGAGGAACGAAGGAAAGUAAGGUAAAUUGGUAGAGAAAGAGAAAGCUUGGCUAAGUAAUGGAAAUGUAUGAGGAGAAAGAGAAAUAUAAGGUCUGUGUGUGAGCUGGAGUGAGAAAAACGGGAGGAAAAAGAAAGAGUAAAUGAUAAGGGAGGGUAAUACAAAGGAUAGAGUAAUACAAUAGCGAAUGAGAAAGUAACUGCAAUUAACGAAGAGAGAGAAAGAAUAAAGUAAAGCGAAGACGAAGAGAAACGAUGGAGUAAAUGGUGUAUUGGAGUAAGAAGAACACGCAGUGAGGUAGAUAGAGAGAAGUGUUACUAAGAGGGAUAGAGUGAGUGCGAUAGUUCGAAAGCAGAGAGUAACAGAGAAAAAGAAAGCAAAGCAAAGUGAGAGAGUGUAACGAGCCGACAGUCAGUCAAACAGAAAGACAGACAGGCAGCCUGGCUGACAAGACUCCACAUUUCCACGUUAAGUGAUACAUACAAACAUAUAUAUAUAUAUUUGUAUAUAUAUAUACAUAUAUUUAUAUGAAGAGAGAGAGAGGGAGGGAGAGAGAGGGGGUGCACAUACACACGCAUACAUAAGUGUAAGUAAAUUACUGUAUGCAUACACCAUACAUAUAUACACUUGUUACUACAACCGCCUCACGCUGACGCACACACACACAUACAGAGAGGGAGAGUCUCAUACGCAUGCAAUAUAACUCUUUCCCCCCUCUCUCUCUCUCAAUCUCUCAGUCCCUCCCCCCCACCUUCUCACAAACACAUUUCUCGGCAAUGAACAAACACAAGCGGAAGGUGUUUCGAUCUAAGCGCUGUGCUCUAAGUUUCACUAUGGACACUACAACUACACCAACACCAGCAGCACAACCACCGCCACUACCACUACUACCACCACCAUCAACAACAGCAACAACAACAAACGGUCAAAAGUGGAUUACACUCCAGUCAUGGUUUCUCCGGCAUUAGAGGAAGAAGACGAGGACGAAACUCCCUGAACAACAACAACAACAAUAAUAUUAACAAAUCAACACAUUCACCAUACCACAAGCAAUAUAAACAAAACAUAUCUUUGAUGUAUAAUAUAUAUUAGUUAUUAUAUAUAUAUCUGUCCAUCUACAUCUGUCUAUAUAUAUUUAGAUAGAUAGUUAUAUAUAUAUAUAUAUUUAUAGAUAGAUUUUAUUUGUGCUUUCUGUAUAAUUUUUAUAGCAUCCUUUUCUCUUUUUCCCAUUCUUUAUAUUUUAGUGAUGUUACAGGUAUAGUUAGCCUUUCUAUACACACACAUAUAUAUAUAUUUAUAUAUAAAUAUUAUUUUAUUUUAAUCUAUCGUUUAGUUUCGUAUACAUAUCUAUCAAUCUAUCUAUCUGUAUAUAUAUCGUUGAGUUUAUAUAUGUAUCUCCUUUGAGUCAGUAUCUAACUAGUAUCUUGAUAUCAUAUCUCAAAAUCCUUAUCUACCAUCAAUUACAAACUCUUUUAUCUUCCAUCGAAGAAAAUUGUUGAAGUGAUAAAGAAAGAGUGAGAGAAACUGUUGUUGAAUGUUUUAAUUGUUUAUUUUCUAGAGUCAGUGGAUUUGUUUAUGUCGCGUGUGCGUGUGUGUAUGCAUGCGUGUGUGUUCUGUUUAACAGUGUAGUUUUUAUUUUGUGAUAGUAUAGUGUAGAUAAGCGAGUGUAGAGGUUACAUUUCCCCACUCCGCACAGUUAAACCAUCUUCCUCGACUUUUAUUAAUUACAAAUAACAUACAUGUAUAUCUGUAUAUCAACAUAUCAACCUGUACAUGUCGAUAUGUAUAUAGACCAUAUAUAUCUAUUUGACAAACUUUAACUAUGUAAACUACAGUUAAACAAAACGAACUAAACAAUUAUUAGAAAAGAAAGAGAAAGAAGACAAAAACAUCCUACAGAAACAAACCUAAACUUAUAACGAUACCAAUUGUUGCACACCCCUACCUAACCGAUAUCAAAUACGCAAAACAAAAUAACAGAUCACAUUGUAAAAGUUCAUUUAUAUUUGUUGUGAGUUUUAAGUAUGUAUAUACGUAUAUAAAAAUUCUAUAUAUAUAUAUAUAUUUAAAACUCACACAUAUUUAAAAUUAUAUAUAAAUACAUACGUAUAUACCUGCAUAUAAGUUAGUUGAAAUAGAAUAUUUGUUUUUGAAGUGAUAUUUCCACUUGUAUAUAAAGGUACAUACAAACAGCAAAUUAACGGGAAAAAAAGGGGGAUUUUAUUUUUAGGGAGAAAUAACAUACACACACACAAGACAGAUAAGCAGAAGGUCAGAUUUUAAAACAGAAGCAGGAAAAAUCAAUUAUUAACCACCGAUAUAAAUCACCACCACAACAACAACAUCAACAACAAUUCUUGGAAAUAUUUAUUAAUUUGUUUUUAAUUCCCAUUUCGUCUUCCUUUAAAACAAAAUAUUAAAAAAGAAAGUAUUUAUUUCUGAUCAGUUGUGAAUUUUCUUUUCUAUUUAAAUUUUAACAGUUGAAAAUUAGAAGAAAAAUAGUAAGCAUAACUUGAUAAUAAUGCUUAUAAAUAUAUCUUAAAUUACCCAAAACCAAAUUAAGAAUAUCUAUAUAUAUAAAAUCCCUCCCCUACACUUCAUCCCUAUCCAUUACAAUAAUCACCUGAAAAUAUAGAUAAUAAACUAUAUAUAUAUAUAUAUUUAUGCAUAUAUAUAUAUAUAUAUAAAUUCAAAUACACACAUACACACAUAUAUAUAUAUUAAUUGCAAAGUGAGAGAAAAACCAAGGAAAACCUUGCGGAUUUUCUUUCGCCAGCUAUGGAAAGCUGGUGUCAGCGAACAUUAACAUUGGGGAAGUACACUGUUACCAUUUUUCUUGGAUUUUUCUGCACACUACUGGUGGAACCAAUUCGCUGUGUGGACGAGCGGUUUUUGUGGAAACCAAACUCGGAAGUUGUAAUACAAGGAGUUGGCAAUGGAAUCGAAUGGUUUACGAGGAACGAGACACGGCCGAACCAUUAUCGCAUACUUAUGGUUCAAGGCGAUAACAUGAUGGUGGCAGCAAGAAAUCACUUUUACAACAUCAGUAUGAUAUCUUUACAAGAAAACAUGCAUUCUGAAUGGAAUGCAUCCUCAUCUGCAGUUAACAGUUGCACAAUUCGAGAUAAACCCGAGAAUUGUCAGAACUACAUACGUGUUAUUGCCCUUAAUGAGACGAAUUUGUUUGUUUGUGGCACCAAUGCAUUUAAGCCUAUUUGUCGGUCCUAUGAUAUUGAGCAUGGCAGUUAUGUUACUCGUUACGAAUAUAAUGGAGUUGGAAAAUGUCCAUUUGACCCAAAGCAUAACAGCACGGCAAUACUCGUAGACAACCAUCUCUUUACUGCCACGGUUACAGAUACAUCCGGUCGGGAUCCUUUAAUAUUUAGGGAGAUGAUCCGUACAGAACAACAUGACUCCAGAUGGCUAAAUGAACCUGACUUUGUCAGCACUUUUGCAUAUGGCGAUAAAGUUUAUUUCAUUUAUAGAGAAGCAGCUGUUGAAAACAUAAACUGUGGGAAGGUGGUUUUUUCUCGUAUCGCUCGAGUUUGUAAAGCAGAUCAAGGAGGUCUGAGGUCACUAGGUGGAAUCUGGACAACUUUCUACAAAGCACGGUUAAAUUGCUCAAUUCCAGGAGAAUUCCCAUUUUACUUCAAUGAAGUUGAACAUGCAACUAAUGUCUUAAGCGGGAACCAUAUCUCCUCUAGGAAAUUUGAUAAAAGUCAUGAUAUCUUUUACGCAAUAUUCAAUACACCCGAGAAUAGUGCCCCUGCUUCGGCUGUCUGUGCAUUUUCCAUGAAGCAAGUCAUCAAGACAUUUAAGGGUCGUUUCAAGGGUCAGAAAUCAGCAGGCCACAACUGGUUGCCAGUCAGCAAAGAUGAGACUCCAAAUCCUCACCCGGAAGCGUGCCAACAAAAUUCAAAGCAAAUUGAUGAUGAAACACUGAACUUCAUCAAGUCUCAUCCUCUAAUGAAUGAUGCUGUACCAAGUCUUGGAGAUCAACCGAUUUUGGUUUAUACUGGCUUCAAUUACAGAUUCACUAGAGUUGCCGUACAUCCACAGUACCAAGCAGUGGAUGGUCGAAAAUAUGAUAUUCUCUUCAUUGGUACAGAUGAUGGUCAUGUUUUGAAAGUGGUGAACAUUGACCAAGGGAAAAAAGUCCGAAGCAUUGUCAUCGAAGAAAUAAAGGUUUUCCACCAUGGAGCCAAAGUGGAAGGUUUAGAAGUGUAUCAUAAUUUUGGAAUGGAGAAACUUGUUAUCGUAUCAAGUGACGAUAUUGUAUCAAUACCUUUACAUCGGUGCCAUGAGAAGAAAUCUUGCAAGGAAUGUGUGGCCCUACAAGAUCCAUAUUGCUCCUGGCUAGAUGGCAAGUGUUCAGCUUUUACAAGUCAAGGAGAAAUUUCUCAAAUUCAGGACAUCCGUUAUGGCUUCCAUGCACGAUGUGAAGAAGAAGAAAUAAAUGUCUACCACCUGGGAAGCCUCCCAAACAUGAACAAAUCCGCUAGACAGAUGCCUACAACAGCAACGACCACCACCACCACCACCACCACGACUACCACACCAGUUCCUAAGACCACUUCGAAGUACUUUGCAAGAUGUCCACCUUGUAAACCAUGUAUAACACCUGAUCCCAAGAUUCUUGUCAGGAGACCGGAUGCCAAGUUUCCUUGGCCAACACAGCUGUCUGAUGAUCAUCGACCAAUUGAGUCACGAAACCAUCUGACUACGGCUGAAUUUAUUCCGACUCCCAUUUUUAUCGGUUCGCUGGUUUUUGUCUUCCUGUUGGCAAGUGGGCUUGGUUUCAUUGUCGGUUUUAAAGUGAGCACCUGCAAAGAUUCUCAGGACAAUGAUUCGACGAUUGAUGAUGCUACGGCAAAUCUGCGUGUCCACCAAGAAAAUGACCACUAUUACGCCAAACCAGAUAAUCGUGCUCCGACAAAAUACAACAACUACUGGGACGGCUCUCCAAGAGCUGGCAAAGUACCAAACAAUGGUUCUGAAUUCCGACCUGUGAACACUUAUACAAAUGUCAAAGGGAAGACCUAUUUAUAGCCAAGUGAAAAAUGGAAAGAAAAAAAACUGAUAAAGAAAUAAAAACAAAAAUAAAAUAUAAAUAAGAAAAGCAAAAAAAUCCAAAUAACCAAAAUAAAACAAAAAAUACAAAAAUGAAACAAAAACAAAAAAAUAUCUAAAGGGGGAAAGACACAACUCCACUGUGAAAGGAGAGGGGGGACUUUCAUUAUCAAUAAUUAAGAAUUAUUAUGAUUGAUCACUGUCAUCAUAAUUAUUGAUUAUUUAUGAUUACAGCUAUGAUUUCUUUUUAAUGUCUUAGUCAGUUCCUAUUAUCAUUAUUACUAUUAUUUAUUAUUAUCAAUAUUAUUUUUAUUUUUAUUAUUAUGAUUAUUUUAUUGAAAGGGAAGAUGGAGAUUUUAGCAGAAAUACUUGAGAGCUGCAUCAGUCUUUUAGUCUUGUCUCUCUCUCUCUCUCUCUCUCUCUCUCUCUCUCUCUUUAUAUAUAUAUUGCUAUCUUCAUUCUGUGUUCAAAUCUCACCAGUGGUAGUUUUUUUUUUUUUUUUUUUUUUUUUUUUUUUUUUUUUUGCCUUUCAUUCCUCUGGUGUUGGUACUGGUGGCUGUGUCAAAAGGUUGAUAAAAACAAGUUCCCAGUACCCCCUUAUAACAUUAAAUGGUGGUAGUGUUCAUUCAAUCAACUAUUAAUUAUUAAUUAACUAAUGCUCUUCUCUUGAACUAUUUGGCUUUGUGCUUAUAUAAAGAGGAGGAGGAGGAGGAGGAGAUGAUGAAGGAAAAAAUAAACAUUGCCUAAAAAUAAUAAAGAAAGAAAAAUCAUUUUGUUUUUCUGGCUCAUGGUAAACCUUCUUCAGUGAUAAGAAUUUUGGCAACCCAGUUUCAAUUCCUGUUUGUAACCGUUUCACAUAUAUUCAAUGCAUCACUUUUCUUUCUUUUUUAUCUUUUCUUUUUUUCUUUUUGCCCCAGAGAUGGGAAAGGCUGGAAGGUAAAAAAAAUAUGAUUAUAAUUAAUAUAGAAUGAUCAUAAAUAUCAAGGUGUUACCAUUUCUCUCACUACAUGCCUAACCCUAUAAAAUACACAUAAACCUUCCCUUUAAAACUUUUGCUGGGCUGAUUGAGGCAAAUGAAAAUAAUAAGAAACAAUGGCCAUCAUUGUCAUCAUCAUGGUGAUGGGGUGGCUGAAUUGUUAGUGUCAGACAAAAUGCCUCGCUCUAUUUGUCCUGCAUCUUUACGUUCUGAGUUCAAAUCCCACCGAUGUCAACUUUACCUUUCAUACUUCUGGGGUCAAUAAAAUAAAGUAUCAGUUAUGUGCUGCAGACAACAGAGAAUUGACUAUUUCCUCUUUUCAAAUUCAUCACCUUGUGCCAUUAAUUGGAGGAGAAGGAACAGUUGAUUCUAUAUUAUUGUCAUCUUCGUCAUCAUUAUUGUUAUGAUUAUAAUUAUUAUUAUCAUCAUUAUUAUUAUUACUAAAUUGGUAAGCUGCCAGAAUCAUUUGCACAUUGGGCAAAAUGCUUAGUGGUAUUUUAUUUGCCUUUACAAUCUGAGUUCAAAUUCUGCCAAGGUCAACUUUGCCUUCCAUCCUUUCAAGGUUGAUAAAAUAAGUACCAGCUGAGCACUGGGGUUGAUAUAAUCAACUAGCUCCCUCCUCCAUUAUUAUCAUUAUUAUUACUAUAAAUAUUUUUUUUUCUUUUUUUAAUUGAUCUUUAACCUCAUCUUUUUCUGCUUCUCAAUGGUUUAUAUUUUUCUUACUAAAAGAAGAGAUAAUAUUUACGUUCCUUAACAACAACAGCAGCAACAAGAACUUCAACAAACAAGAAAAAAAAAACCCCAGUUACAAUCAAAAUAAAUUUAUAAUUAAUUCAGAAGAGAAAAUACAAAAGUAAUACAUACACAGAGUAUAUAUAUAUAUAUAUAUAUAUAUAUAUAUAUAUAUAUAUAACAUGAGUAUAUCUGCUGUUUUUCGUCUUGCUUACAUUGUUUUUUUUUCCAUUAAUUUUGUCAAGUGUGAGGAAUUAGGAGUGCUUAAGAAGGGGAAUGAUGUUGGUGUGAUCAUUAACAAACAUUAGUGUAUCCCUGCUACUUACAUGUUUGGGCAUCAUAUGAAUGAAAAGAGAUUCAUUGAUACAUGCUGCAAAGGUUGAAUUUGAAACGAGUUUCACCUGAAGGUCACACAGUAGCUUGAAACUUGAGUCAUGAGACAAACUGUCAGCUUCAUUUUCAAUAAAAAAAAACUAUAUAUAUAUUGUAUAAAGGAUCUUAGGUGAGGCCAGAACAAUGCAAAGUAAAAGCAAAGCGAACCACAAGAAAACAAAUAUGUGAAUUAAUGUAGACUUACCUUGCAUUCAGUAUUUCGGGGUUAUGACCUCAUCCUCAAGAAAUCAAUGAAUGGGUUCAUUACCCCAAAAUAUUGAAUGCAAGGUAAGUCUACAUUAAUUCACAUAUUUGUUUCCUUGUGAUUUGCCUUGCUUUUACUUAGCAUUGUUCUAGCCUUACCCACGAUCCUUUAUACAAUAUAUUCUACACAAUGCUUCAUAGUAACUAUUCCAUUAUAUAUAUAUAGUGACAAAGGUGGUCCUCAAAUGUGUUUGAUCAUAAGUGAGUCAGGUCUCAACUCAGGCUGAAUGAUGAGCAGAAAAGAUUCACAGCCUACUGCUUCCUUUUACUGACCUUUUCAUCACUUUUCGCUGUCAUUUUGUUGUCUGCAUCAGCCUACCGAUCACCCAGUCGUUACCACCAUCACCACCUCCAUUUACAUUAAUUGGGAGUUUGCAAGAUGCAGAGAGCAAGGAGAGUUUGUAGAGUAUGCAAUUUCUCUCCCUUGUAGCUCAGCAUUGCACUGGUUGUCACUUUGCACCACCUGAAUCAAAGAAAUAGCCCAUACUCGGCUGAUCUAGAUGCUCACCCUCAAAUUAUUUCCUGCUGUCUUAAAAAGUAAGGACACAUUGCCCAAUGUAGUUAGAGAUAUGCUAUAUCUGGAAAUGAAAUUAGAUAGUUAUGACUGGAAUGCCUUUAAUGAUAGGGUUUUCUGCUUAAUACCACUAUCACCUCUACAACUAUCUCCAUUGUGGGCUGCUGUGUGUUAAGAGUAGGAAGGAGUCAUGGUGGGUGUAUAGGGUUGUAUUGAGUGACUAAUGAUUAAUGAGGCCAUCAACAUCCGAUAUUAUAACUGCUGCUAUUAUCACUGCUCUGUGUGUAUGUGUGAGUGAUAAACGUGCAUUACCCAAUGCAUAUCGACUGCUCUUGGUUCACGAUCACCACAAUUACUAGCACCAUAUUUGCUGUGAGGGUAUAGGUAUGAUUGUGUGUUUGCAGGUUGGGAGAUAUGUAAUUUAUUAGCUGAACUUCUCUUCAUCUCUUUCCACUACUCUCACAACCAAGACCACCCUGUGAAACUACCUGGCCACUGGUACCAUAUCUGCUGUGAUAUAUGAUAAGUGUGUGAAGGGGGGAAGAGAGUGGAGUUAUUCUGAACCUUUUCCCCCAUUACACCUGACCAACACUUGUGGUCACUUCAUCUGCUAAAAAUAGCAAUGAAGUCUCCUUCAAAUCACACCAUACCAUCUUAGAAAAGGAUAUGUUGGGUUAAUGUCCUCCUGGCUUCUCUGUACCCAGGGAUGGUCACGCCUGGGAACCUUUUGAUCAUUGGUCUGCUUGGUCAUGGCUGACCUGAAACCGAACAGCUAUAACAACCAUAACCAAAAAAGCCAAUGAGGAGGACUCCUUACAUGCUAGAAAUUCAAGCCAAAUCUUAUUUCAUAUUGCCAUCAUUAAAAAGAAAAAAAAGUGUUAUGGUUGAAGCAUCUUUGAUGAUAUCUGCUUGUUUCAGUAUGAUCCCGAGCUAAGCAUCCUGACCAUGAUCCAGUCACUUUUGUCUGUGAUCAUCCCUUACCAUUUUUUGAUGUGAGAUUGUGUAUGCAUAUCAAAGAGUAGUGAUGGUAGACGGGGUGGGGAGAGGGUAUCAUUGAUUCCCUUUCCACUCCUUUUCUCAAUACACUUGACUGCUUUUAUGAUGACUAACACCAUCAUUAUUAUAUUAACUCUGACUAAUACUAUUAACAUCUUGAUGUGUAGGUGUAGUAAGGGGUACCAUGACUGUUAUGUAGUUUACUGUUUGACCUCCUCCUCUUACCUGACUGACACUCCUACUACCACAAUAGGGACUUCCACCACCAUUAUCAUUAUCAUCAUCGUCAUCAACACUGCUUCUACUGCGACUAAUCCCAGCAUUCAUUGUGUCUAGUACAAGGUUGUACGAGAGGUUUGUGCACUUAAUUAAUUAACAAAUAUACCCACCAUCACAUUUAUCAAUACUGAGCAACUACUGACCAAUCAUUCUAUCCACUCAAGACUAUUAACAUUAUUAUAGGCCACAAAGCAAUGCACUAGAGCCUCUAUCUGCACAACUGUGGCAUACAUAGCUUAGCAUUGGACACCUUAGACCUAUGGGAUUCCCAAAUAACAGCUCAGGGUCUCCAUGCCUUAUUGCAGCACUGCUAUCCCAUGAUCACUGACCAUCUAAAACUAUUGUUGCUAUAGCUACUCUCCCAUCAACUAGGACUAAUCAAGGUGACUCUUAUAAAGUUUGCUAUGAGCGCAGGUAAUAUAUAAUAUUUUGAGGACCAAUGAUGUUUGAACUUUUUGAUGAAGGAAUCUUUCUGAAUUGUUGGAUAAUUUUGGCCCCUAUUCAUAAGUAAUUAAAAUGCUUUAUUUUGUGAGAUUUAAAAUUUUGUUUUAUUCUUUUUUUUAUACAUGUGUGAAUAUAUGUGUAUCUAUACAUAUGUGUGUAUGUGUAUAUAUUUCUUUACCAAGGAUAGUAUUGACAGUACUUUGAUGAUAACUUGGUCGGUUGAAACUUCGAUGUCACUGUUAAAAAUAUUCUUGUCAAAGAAUAAUGAAUUUGUACUCUACCUAAUGUAGAGAAAUCCUUCAGUUUAAUGUAAAUUUGUUUUUAUUAUUACAUAGAAACAAACGUUAAUACGGAUUACUGAACAUGCAUACAGAAUGUAUGUGCUUUGCUUGUCUGCCAGCCGGCUGCGAUUUAACAUGGAGGAGAUGACUCUUUCAAAGUGCUGUAAUACAUAUAUAUAUAUAUAUAUAUACGAUCACACAAAUGUGCAUUUAUACAUGCACACAUGCUUAUCUGUGUGCAUGUACAUAUGCAUUCACAUACUUAAAUGCAUAUUUUAAGAUAUUUAAUGUCAGUCAUAUAUCUUUUAAAGAUAUAUAUAUAUAUAUAUAUAUAUAUAUAUAUACAGGCAGUAAUGCAUGCGUGCAUAUUUAGUAAUUGCAUAUAAUAGAGCUUCAGUACUUUAUCAUAAAUUAUAAGCACAUAUAUACGCAAACACAUAUGGACAUGUUCCAUUUUACAAGCAUAUACAGAUGCAUAAGUGCACAUACAGAUACACAUGUAUACACACACCAAGCCUUAGUCAUUCAUUAAGUCAUAAUUCAACACUCUUUUGUCAUUUAAUUUUCUCAUCAUUUGUUAAUGUUAUUGUUGCUGCUGUUACUACUGCUAAACAGGAGUUGAUAAUACAGAAUUUGUGAUUGAAAAAAAAAUGGAAGAGAGGGACAAGACAAAAGACAAUAUUAUGGAAGGAAAAUGGAUUGUUUUAAUAUAGUUUUGCUAUAUAUACAUAUGUGCGUGUGUGUGAGAGAGAGAAAGAGGAAGAGUCAAUGUGUAUGUAUAUUUCUUUUCUGGGAGAUUUCUUCAUUCAUAUUUUGAUCAAUGUUGUGAGACAUAUCUCAUUUUUAUCUACCUAUCUAUAUGUAUGCGUGUCUAUAUAUAUAUAUAUAUAUAUGUGAAUAUAUACAUAUGCAUAGACAUAUAUUCAUGCAUAGAUUUAUAUGCAUAUAUGUCUGUGUCUCUCUCCAUAUAUAUAUAUGUACAUGCAUAUAUGUAUACAUACAAGGAAAUGUACAUAUGUGUCUAUGUAUAUACUCGGAUAAGUUUGUGUGUGAGCAUACAGAUAUAUAUUUGCAUAUACAUGUUUAUCCACAUAUGUAUAUUCAUUUGCUGAUAUAUAUAUAUAUAUAUAUAUACACACACACACACACACAUGUAUAGUCAUGUGUAUACACAUAAAUACAUAUAACUAUAUUCCUAUAGAUACUUAUGUAUGUACAUAUGUAUAUGUGUGUGUUUGAGUAUAAGUAUAUAUAUAAGUGUGUGCACAUGUAUAUGGCUAUAUAUACAUAUACCUAUGUAUAUAAACAUGUAUACAUAUACAGAUACCCAUGCAUAUAUGUGUAUAUAGAUAUGUUUAUAUGUAUGUACAUAUUUGUAUAUGUAUAUACACACAUUUGUAUAUAUUUUUAUAUGUACACACAUAUAUAUAUACUUAUAUUUAUAUACAUAUACACAUUAUGCAUAUAUAUAUAUACAUAUUUAAAUAUAUGUAAAGAUAUGUAUGUAUAUCAUUUAUUUAUAAAUAUGUAUAUAUAUUUUUUUAGUUUUACACCUGCUUGGUGUAUGUUUUUUGUGAAUGUAUAUGUGUGUGUGUAUAUAUAUAAUAUAUAUAUAUGCAUGUAUAUAUAUACACAUACAUAUACAUACACCUUAUUUUUAAAAUCUACCAUUUUUUCCCUUCUAUCUGGUUUGAUCACAACAUUCCAAUGAAUUUUUGCUAAAUGGACAGAAGAAUAUAAAUAAAUGACAAAAAGAAAAAAAAAUGAUAAAAAAAUGAACA